CCUACCUGGCGGUCGCGAAGCACCAAACGAAAAACCACCCUCGCUUGGCUCCCGGAGGCCGAUUGAUUUGAAUAGAACCUACCUCCCGGAGACAAUCCCCCCGCGCAAGUUCGCUAUCCGCGCAACCUGCUACCCGUCGGAGACUGGGUUUCGGUAUUUCGUUGAGAGAUCUUUGAUUUUUUUUUUCUUUUCGUAUUGUCCGUUCCUUUUAUUCCUCGACCACAAAAUCCACCAACCAUGAGCGGAUACCAAAACGGUGGCCCCCGCGGCCUGGCCGAUGACAGCGAUGUUGAGGAGGAGGCCCUCGUCGCCGACUACCGAGAGCAGGUUCAGUACGAGGAGGGUAUGGAUGACCCCGAUAUGGUGUUGGCACAGCAGACCGACGACAUUCAGUCCCGGCUUGUCGCCGCAGCGCAGCCCCUUGACUUUUCCGCACCCCUCGAAGUCAAGUUCCAGAGCUACGACCAGUACUGCAGCUUAUUUCACUUCAUCCUGAACUCGGAUGGACCAGUUGACCUGGAGCCCCCUUCUUACUACUGGGCCUGGGAUGUCAUCGACGAGUUCAUCUACCAGUUCAACUCGUUCUCCUCGUACAGGAUGCGCAUCGCGAGGCAGGCCAACAACGAGGAGGAGGCACAAAUACUGCGGGAGAACCCCAACACUUGGGGCUGCUACAGUGUCCUGAACGUGCUCUACUCGCUCAUUCAGCGCUCCCAGAUCCUUGAGCAACUGCAAGCAAUGAAGCGGAAUGAGGACCCCAUGGCUGUCGCGGGUGACUACGGCAGCAGGAGUUUGUACAGGAUGCUGGGAUACUUCUCCAUCAUCGGUCUUCUCCGUGUGCACUGUCUGCUCGGUGACUUCAGCCUUGCCCUGAGGACGCUUGAUGAUAUCGAGCUGAACAAGAAGGCCAUGUUUGCCCGCGUCAUGGCCGCGCACUUCACAACCUACUACUAUGUCGGUUUCUCCUACAUGAUGGUCCGUCGCUAUGCCGAUGCCAUCCGCAUGUUCAGCCACAUCCUGGUCUACGUCUCGCGUACCAAGAACUUCCAGAAGAACGCUCAGUACGACUCGAUCACCAAGAAGAACGACCAGAUGUUGGCCCUCAUUGCCAUCUGUGUGGCUUUCCACCCCACUCGUCUUGACGACACUAUCCACACUGCUCUGCGUGAGAAGUUUGGUGACCAGCUCCUGAAGCUGCAGAGGGGUGGCCCUGAGUCUCUUCCCGUCUUCGAGGAGCUCUUCAGGACGGCGUGCCCCAAGUUCAUCUCGCCCGUUCCUCCGGACUUUGACAACCCAGAGGCCAACGUGGAUCCCAUUGAGCACCAUCUGUCCGUUUUCAUGGACGAAGUCAAGACCAACAUGUGGAGCCCGACUGUCAAGUCCUACCUCAGGCUGUAUACAACCAUGGACCUUAAGAAGCUCGCUGGUUUCCUGUCUGUCAAGCCUGAGGAGCUCCGAUCCUGGCUCCUUGUCAACAAGCAGCGCACCAAGCAGUUGCGCUGGGCUGACAAUGGCCUUCUCGAUGGCGAGUUGGUCAACGUGAGCGACCUCGACUAUGCCAUGCAAGGUGACCUGAUUCACAUCUCGGAGGCCAAGGUCGGCAGGAAAUUGGUCGACUGGUACCUCCGCAACCUGUCUCGCACAUACGUGUAAGCCAAGGUUGAUGAAGUCAAAGUCGCUUCGCUCAAAAGCACCGCGCCGCCCCAUUCGAAAAUCGUAGUCAAGACUUCAGGGGCAUUAAAUGGAAAUUUCCUGGCAGCAGGUUGAAAGAGAAUAUUUGGGCAGCAAGCGGCAAUAGCCCACGAGAAGAUGAUUUUUUUGCAUUGGCGUUCCAGGGGUCUCAUGGUUUCAAACAAAGCAACGUCUGGGUGCAUCGGAUGGUCAUGGGGAUUAUGGGUUUGGUUGUGCACAGUCAAGGCCCCUUUUUUGAGAGCCAAGUGAAAAGUAAAAAUGUCUAGGGGGGCUGCAAAGCCAACUUUAUGAUGUGGUUAGGGGUGAGCGGCCGACCAAACGAGCUUGUCUAGCGAGUUUGGCUUGGAUUUAGUAUGCUAAAAGUCUACCUAGCAAGCCUAGGUACCCCAGGUACCUUAGUCAGGUCUAGAAUGAAGCAGCCAUAACAACGCAAAAAUAAAAGGAACGUCUGAUCUGGCACAUUGGAUGGGUACGGAAUAAUUAUCUGUCUCAGUAACGCCCCUGCCAUCUGAUGGUUGCAACCCUUAUGGUGGGUGAGGUAACGGAUGCUUCCUCCCAUGCCACCUCAUCCCCC